UUGUCGAUUUCGAUUAUUUUGAACGAGGAACGAGAAAAAUGACCUCUGUCGGGUCCUGUAGCUUUGCAGUUGCCUAGCAACGGCUCAAACAACCUUACCAAUACUGUGGAAUACUGAAGAAUACUUCAAAAUAACGCAAAUAAAACUUUUCAAAUGAUGGAUGGGUCUAGACGGAUAGACGAAGAAACUUUGCAGGAUGUCUACGCGUGGAUAGAUAAAAUACCUCUCUCCAAACCAAAACGGAACAUUGCGCGAGAUUUUAGCGAUGGAGUUAUGGCUGCAGAAGUUGUGAAGCAUUUCUUCCCUAAAUUAGUGGAUCUGCACAACUACACGGCCACACAUUCCACGCAACAGAAGCUGUGUAACUGGAGCACUCUGAAUAGAAAAGUUUUUUCCAAGCUGAACUUCAAUGUACCUCUGGACACAGUCAAGAAGAUAGUUGUCAGCACAGCAGGCUACAUUGAACCAGUUCUAUGCUCUUUGAGAGAGAAGAUAGAGGAGAGGAAAGCAGAAAAGCUAUUACAUGUAGAAGGCACACAGGACUUGGAAUAUUACAGCAUUACAAAUGGACAACGGAGAUCAGAAAAUCAUCAGAUUAUAGACACCAUGCAAACCAAUACUGCUAUAGUGAAGAAGACAGCAAAAGUCAGUACUGCUGCAAACAUAGGACCUAAUGUGAAUCCAGCCUUCCAAUUGCUCUUGGAUGACAAGGAGCAGGCCAUUUUGGCUUUACAAGAGACUGUUGAGAUUUUACAGAUAAAGGUCAACAAAUUGGAGCACCUUCUGCAUCUAAAAGAUCUUCGCAUCGAGGACCUGACCAAGCACUCAGAGCGAUACAAGACCCGUAACAACACAUGAUCAUGUGAAACAAUGUCAAUUUUUCUGAUCACCACAGAACAUAGAUCUGUUCUCCUUUUGUUUAGUUUUUCUUUGUGUGUAUGCCACCAUUUUGACAAAUAACGUUCAACUAACCUUAAAAAGUAAAUGCACUAAGCACUGAAAAAGGAUUACUAUUAAUAUUAUAAUAGUUUUCUUCUUGCAUUGAGCAUUUUACAUUGUUUGUAAGCCACCAUAUUAUCCUUAUCAUGUGAAAAGACUUAAUGCAGUAUAGAACGAAAACUGUACCAGGGCCUGCCAGGUUUGUGGCUCAUUUGCCUGCAGUUGUUAGACUGAAAACAAAAGAUUUAUAUUAAAGGAGAAUUUCAUGUCUAUUUUUUUUCAUUUUAAAGUAAAUUCCAAAUUCAUGGAAUCUGAUUUUAUUUUCUGUGAUUUGUUGAUUCACUAUGGCUACGUGCACACAUGCAUGAUUUGAAGAUAUUUUUAAGCAGGUUUCAUUCUCCUUUCCUCAAAAACACAUCAAGAAGUCCCAAUACUGUAAUUACUUUUUUUGUGUGUGUUUAAUUUUCCAUUUUUUGAGUGAAUCUUCCAGCUAAAUGCCUACUCAUUUGGGGUAAAGCUUUGUAAUAACUGAUUCUUAAGGAAGUUGCAUCUUGGAAAGGGUUGCAUCGUCAUGUGCAGAUUGUGGGGUAAGAGUUAAGAAUAUUGAGAGAAUUUUAAGAGUUUAUUUUGUUUAUUUACUGGCUCUCUGUAUUAGACCGUGCACAUUCCAUGACUCAAAAGUAAUUUGUUAUUUAUCAGAUGCUUUUUAGGCAAACCUUUGGGUAACGCAGAUCCUAAACCAUCGCAUUAUGCUGCACUAUUGAACUUUAAUGCCAAUGUUAUUAGUCUGUAAUUUGUUACCCUUUUGGUUAGUAUACGGGAUUGCUUUGUGUGUGUCUCAUGAGGCAUGUGUUUACAUAAAGAUCAACCCAAUGUGGAAACUUUAGAUAUGUAAACAGUUCUGCAGCAUAGAGUUAAGAGAGGAAAACUGCACUCUAGAUUUAGUUAAAAAUCCAUAUUAAUUAUUAGAGUUUUUAAGAUUGUGUGAAUAAUCCUGGAUGUAUCCAAAAAGAGAUAUAUUUCUUACAGGAAUAAAAUUAAGAAGCAGACACCCUUCUCUUGUGUCUGUGAAGUUAUCGGUGCUCUCAGAUGACUCAGACUGAGCUCUCAGACUUGUUGAGUGUGGAGGGACUGUUGGAAUUUGAGGUUGGAUCUUUUGAGUGGUACAGCAGCAGUAAAGCUCUCUGAGUCAUUCUGAAUUGCAAUCAUGUGCAUGCUUGAGCCCCUCAGCAUACAGACUCCAUAUGAAGAAUACUGUGAGAACAUCUUUAAUGGGACAUGCUCUCAUGAGGAGAGAAUGAGUUUAAUGCUCCCUCUGGCCUCUAACAAUGUUUCAUAUUGAAGUCCUUUAAAGUGAAGAUAAGAAACAUGUAUAAAAGGACUGAACGGGGGCAGAAUGGAGGUCAAGUCACUGAUUAAAUUGUUGUAUUAAUCCACUUCAGAGGGGCUUUCCAGGAAUUGUAUUGUGUGAAU